AUGGAUAGUGAGGCGAAAGUGGCAAGCCUAAUUGUGCAGGAUCGAGCGGAGUGGGAUGUUGCCUUGAUACGUCACUCUUUCCUCCCUUACGAUGCAGAAGCUAUCCUUAGCAUUCCUAUUAGCCCCAUGAACCCGUCGGAUUCCCAGGUGUGGGCUAAGUCCCCAAACGGGAUCUUCACUGUUAAGAGCACACAUCGAGUGGCUGCUAAAUACCUUGAUGAGCUCAAGGGAAGAGAGGAAAGCCCAGGCAGCUCGGAUAAUUCCAAAAUGACAGAGGUGUGGAAGGGUUGUGUUAUUGCUAAGGAAACUUGGGCUGAAACAAAAUUCAGGAUUGAUAAGCUAAUCCACCCACCGAAGGAAUUUCUUGAUGUGGUCUGGUUGCUCCUGGAGUCACCUGGGGAUACGAAUUGCGAGGCCUUUGCUAUCACGGCAUGGGGCUUGUGGAAUAACAGAAAUGCAGUCCGGCAUGGGGAAGUUUGUAAACGGGGGAAAACUAUUGCAGGGGAAGCUCAGAAGUAUGAACUUGAAGUGUGUUCUGCUAGACCAGUCAACCUUAUUGGAGUUUCUUCUGCUCCUAGACUCAAGCGCUGGUGUCUUCCUCCCAAAGGAACAUACAAGGUCAAUACUGAUGCUGCGGUAUUCAACAACUGGGGCUGCUGUGGGUUCGGCGUGGUAAUUAGAAAUGAUAAAGGGGAGUUGAUGGGUGCAUUGUGUAAGAAAGUUGAGUUUCCAUUGGGGCCUAUUGAAGCAGAAGCAAAAGCUACGGAAGCGAGUAUUUAUUUAGCUUGGGACCUGGGACUGAAAGAUAUAAUAGUGGAAGGAGACUCCCAACAAGUUAUACAAGCUCUAAAUGGGUGCAUCACACCGGCCCUGCCCAUUCUGAAGAUUGUUGAAGGGCUGAAACUUUUUCUGCUGCGGUUCAACUCCUGGAAGGCUGUACAUUCUAGGAGAACCACUAACGAAGAAGCGCAUUUACUAGCUAGGAAUGCAAUGAAUGUGAAAGAUUGUGUAAUAUGGGUAGAGGAUACUCCUCCCCAAAUUGAACACCAGAUUCUGGUUGAUGUAAGUUUCUUGGGCGUUUGUCCAGAGUAA